AUGGUCGUUUAUGCGAAACUCAAUAAAUUGGGGCCUUCUGAAACCAAGGCUCACUCCAAAAGCUCAUACAAGAGGAUAUUGAUUGGCACUACUUUUGCCGGUGCUCUAGUACUAGUAAUGGUGCUCUGCAUCGGGUUCCAUCUACAACGAAGAAAAAAGUUUGUACUUUCAGCUGGCGAUGGCAGGACAAACAGUCCGAACGAAUUGCUCAACUUCAUGAUAUAUAAUAGACCUACUGAUGAUUUUGAUGGGCUUCAAAAUGAUCAUGGAAACAUGGGACGUCAUGCUUUAAGCAUAUUUAGCUUUGCAUCUGUCCUGGCUGCCACCUGUAACUUCUCUGAAGAUAACAAGCUUGGUGAAAGGGGCUUUGGACCUGAUUAUAAGGAGAUUCAGGCAUGGGAGUUGUGGAAUGAAGGUGGAGGGCUUGAAUUAAUGGAUCCAAAUCUAGGAGAUUCAUGUAUUAAAGAUCAAUUCUUAAGAUGCAUGCUUGUUGCUCUCCUUUGCGUGGAAGAGAAUGCAGCCGAUAGACCAACUAUGUCAGAUGUCAUAUCUAUGCUGACAAGUGAAAGCAUGGAGUUAGCUAUGCCAACAAAGCCAGCAUUUUACACAGAAAGAAACGUGGCCACUGCUGCUAUAGCUAGAUAG